GAAGCUCUUUCAUCAGUCUCGAAAUCAGUCGAGCUUCUGUUGAGAGCGAAAUAAUAACGGCGACGGCAACGCGGCUGCGACUGACUUUAACUGCAAGAGCUUGACGUAUCAACUGGGCGCCUCUCCUACUGGCGCAAAUUUCAGCAACCCCGAACGAGCAACCACCCAGCCGUUCGUCCUUGACCACGAGCUUCGAUUCAAUAUCUCCCAAGACAUUGAAACACCUUCAAGAUGGCAUUGGCAGCUCCAUCUCUCCGAAUGCUCCCAGCGGGCUCGUCUCUACUGUCGCGGAUCUUGCCGGUAGCCGCCUCGCCGACCCCCAGACUGAGUUCGGCCUUGACCCGGCAGCUCUCCCUUCCUCUCUUUCCCUCAAUAGUCCUCGCAAUUCCCGCCUCCUUCCAGCUCAGCCUGCCGUCGAUACCCUCAUUACUUGAAGAUAUAUGGGAGUCAGUUCUCAGGGCAGUCCCGAAGAAGAAGACGUCACACAUGAAGAAGAGGCACAGGCAAAUGGCAGGAAAGGCAUUGAAGGAUGUCACAGCUCUUUGCAAAUGUCCAGCAUGUGGCCAGUCCAAGAGGAUGCAUUACCUCUGUCCUCACUGUACAACGACCCACAUAACCGACAUAUUCUCCCUGGCGCCGACGCCGACGGGCCUCCUCUCGGCCAGCGGCUCGUCGACGCUGCACAUCCACUCGACCGCCUCGCCGACCUUCCCGCUCGUCCAGUCCGUCAACGGCGCCCACCGCCUCGGCAUCCACCACGCGUGCACCUCGCGUGGCGGGCCCGGCCGCGUCGCCGUCACCGCCGGCUUCGGCGGCGAGAUCAAGAUCUGGACCUGCAAGGAGGCCACCGCCGACGAGUGGGCGCUGUGGCACGAGAUCCGACGCGGCGGGGGCGGCGGCGGGGAAACAGCCGACGGCACUGAUGCCACUGCGGAUGUCGGCAAGACCGGGGACGCCUGGGCUAUUGCCCUGAGCGCAGACGAGAAUUACCUGGCCGUCACGACCCACGAUGGGAAGAUCCACGUGUGGGAUCUGGUGGGCAAGCGGAGGAUACAGACGUACGAGACCGGCAGCGGCGCCGGCGGGGGGAGCUUCGGCCUAGCGGUGGAUCUGAGCAGGGAUGGGAGGUUGACGGCCAGCGGCCACCAGAGCGGUGCUGUCUAUGUGUUCAACAACGACACGGGGAGGAUGGUCUAUUCGCUUUCUGGCCUUGCCAAGCCCGUUCGGGCGGUGGCAUUUUCGCCGGGCUGCAAACGCCUCGCCGCGGCCGGGGACGCGGGCAUCAUCGCCCUGUACGACAUGGAGCACGGCGAGCACGUGGGCAACCUCUCGCCCAGCGGCAGCAGCAACGCGUGGAUCACUAGCAUAGACUGGAACGGCACGGGCGAGUACCUGCUGAGCGGGUCGCUGGAUGGCAAGGUCCGCGUCUGGGACGUCGAGCGGGGGGUCUGCGUGGCCACCCACAGCGAGACGGACAAGGCGCUCUGGAGCGUGCGUUGGCUGCCCAAGUCAGACAAGGCUCCGGUGCCGGGUAUGGGGCGAGGGGAGAUGUUCUGCGCUGCUGGGGCUAACCGGAGUAUCACGUUUUAUCGAGAGGCAACGGGCAUAUGAAUUAGGUCGGUAGUUUGCCAGUUGCGGAAAACCUGGUGCCUCGUGUCUACGUGGAAAAUACGAUGGGGAAAGACUUCAUUGAUUCAAUUUCUUUGUGGCUCUGGUAAUGCAAUAGAGAAAAUCUUAGGACUGCUCAUUCGCCGUU